GCAGUUUCCUUUGCGAACAAACAAACCACAAGUUUGAUUCACUCUUCCUCAAACCUCUGACCUCAACAGACACCCAAGAGACAGACACACACACACAGAAAGAAAAGCCUUUUUCCUUCUUCACAAGCCAAAAAUCGAAGAAAGAUGAGCACAGAAUAUGAUUAUUUGUUCAAGCUUCUUUUAAUCGGGGACUCUUCUGUCGGCAAGUCUUGUCUUCUUCUCAGAUUCGCGGAUGAUUCGUAUGUGGACAGUUAUAUUAGCACCAUUGGAGUCGAUUUUAAAAUAAGGACAGUGGAGCUGGAUGGGAAGACAAUCAAGCUGCAAAUCUGGGAUACUGCUGGCCAGGAGCGUUUCCGGACUAUCACUAGCAGUUACUACCGAGGAGCUCAUGGAAUCAUUAUUGUGUACGAUGUAACUGAGAUGGAGAGCUUCAACAAUGUUAAGCAGUGGCUUAAUGAAAUCGAUAGAUAUGCAAAUGACAGUGUCUGCAAGCUUUUGGUUGGAAACAAAUGUGAUUUAGUUGAGAGCAAAGUUGUGGACACACAGACAGCAAAGGCAUUUGCGGAUGAGCUUGGGAUUCCUUUCCUGGAGACCAGUGCCAAAGAUGCAAUUAAUGUGGAGCAGGCCUUUUUGACUAUGGCUGGCGAGAUUAAGAAAAAGAUGGGUAACCAGCCAGCGGUAAACACAAAUCCUGCAAGCACAGUCCAUAUUAAGGGACAGCCAAUUGAGCAGAAGAGCAACUGCUGUGGUUAGGUCUGCUGAUUAUUUUCCGUUUAGAAGAAAUGUAAAAAGAUAGUAAAUGUUUAUUAACACAAUGUCCUUUCACUACUUGGAUUUCCUUAAGACAGUUGAUGUUGCUAAAUUGAUAUUCUCUUUGUUUGUCUUCUCUUCAGCCCAAAAGUGGGCAUGUGUUAUGCCAUAAUUGGGAUUACAUAAGAUUUCCACAUGUCCA